AGUCCUCAUGCAUCGCACGAUUCCGGGCUGCGUGGCGCCACGCUGGCCACCCACAUCAUCCUUCUCCAGUUCUCCUCCGCCUCUCCGGGUUUGACUCUGCUGCGAGCCCGAACCCGAAGCAGCAGAGCUGCAAAAUCUAGUCUAGAGCGAAAGAAAUGGCGAGCGUGGCCUCCGCGAGGUGUUACGGCCUUCUCCUCCCGCCAAGCUUCGCCGGAGCACGGUGCUGCUCCCGUCCGUCCUCUUCGCUCCGUCUGCGGCCGCGGUGGGGCCUGCGCCGGCCGAGGACCCCCCUCGCCUGCGUCGCGCCGCCCGACUCCGCGGAGCCACAGACGGAUGAGCAGGCUGUGAAAGCUGAAUCUAUCCAAGAAGAUGCUCCGACUAGUACACCCGAGGAUGCUGGGCUUCCAGCUCUCCCGAAUAAGGAUCUCAACAGAAGGGUAGCACUACUGUCCACUCUUGGAGCGGUGGCUCUGUUUGCAUCCCAGAGGCUCAAUCUUAGCGAGGCAUCUCUUAAAGAUCUUGCAGCCAAUUCGGUUCCAUAUGAAGAGGCUCUUUCAAAUGGCAGGCCCACUGUGGUUGAGUUUUAUGCAGACUGGUGCGAGGUCUGCAGAGAAUUAGCUCCGGAUAUCUACAAAGUGGAACAGCAAUACAAGGACCGUGUCAAUUUUGUGAUGCUGAAUGUUGACAACACGAAGUGGGAGCAAGAGCUUGACGAGUUCGGGGUGGAAGGCAUUCCUCACUUCGCCUUUCUGGAUAAGGAAGGAAACGAGGAAGGCAAUGUUGUCGGGAGACUUCCAAAGCAGUAUUUCCUUGACAACGUGGUUGCGCUUGCUUCUGGUGAUCCCGAGAUACCGCACGCACGAGUGGUCGGUCAGUUCUCGAGCGCUGAAUCUAGGAAAGUUCAUCAAGUCGCUGAUCCCAGAAGUCAUGGCUAGCAGUAGUUGUUUUCUAUGUGGACAGCUGUAAUCAUAGUUCUAAUGCCAAGACCGUUUGACAAGAGGAGAUCCUAGGCUAUAUACUAUAGUUCAUUCAGCCCUCCCUGUAUCGAACAUGCGGGCGCUGCAAAGAGCUGGUAGAUUCCACAAAACCCGGAAGAAAAGGCUGGCGCGGAUUCCUUCAGUGAUACUGAAACGGUUGCAUGUUAUUAUUAUACGAGAUACUGUUACGUUUUUUAAAAGCAGUAUAGAGGGUGUGUGGCUCAUGAAAGAAUCUCGCCUUUGUUUAUUCGCUGCUCGUGUAACACAUGUUUACGCUGCCUUUUUUUCUCAAGAAUUCAGGUCGAAAAGGAGAGAGCCAGCCUCGGCCCACCAUAUUCGCAU